AUGUACCUUCCUUUUCAGCGCUAUUUCAUCACAUUUCUUUUUUGGUGCUGCAUAGGAUUAAUAGUUGGAGCCCGUUACAUCUUUAAAUAUUUAUACCAGGCCUCUUCAGAAAGUUCACAAAGGUUUUUGUGCUGUAUUGGUUCACUGACCGCUGGACCAUGGAUCAAGAGUUGUACAGGUCUUCUACAUUCCUUCGCGUGCAUAGUAUUUUUAGCAAUGCUUAGUAGUACUAUAUCGGCAGGAGCGUUUUUCGUAAUGCAGAUUUAUUAUACGAGCUAUGGGUACACAAUGUAUGAAUAUCAUAGCAGUAUUAGAGAUGCCUUUGACGGUGACGGCACAACUCUUGGAGAGAGGUUUCGCCUGAUUUUCGGUCGUUAUUGGUUAUUGAAUUUCUUGUUUCCACUCUGUUGGAGUCCUCAACUUCUCACCACUGAACUAGCGAAUACCCUGUUUCGUGUGAGAAGUAAGACAGUAAGUAAGAGUGAUUUAGACACCUAUUUUCUCUUAGAUUUGCUUUAA